GUACUUUCAGCGCGCCGGAACGAACGCGAAAUGCGACCGGAAAUUGUUAAACAGCUGGAUUGUCCUUCCAUAGGGUUGGCAACAUCCUGUACGAUAUCACGCCGAAAUGUUCCAUUCGAUAGUCUGGAAGCGGCAAGAACGCUGUUCGAGCGGGAAUACUGGCCAUUUCCCAAAGAGAAGAUUAGGAAGAGCGACAGCAGGGCAGCAAGUUUCGGUAUGCAAGGUAAUGCGGAAUACAAGAAGACACCCAAUGACCCGACGAAAGCGUUGCGGCUAUACAAUCAGAGUAUCUGCGCGGCCGAGAAGGGAUCCAAAGAAUUGGGAUUAGGAUACGCGAACCGCUCGGCAGUAUACUUGAACAGAAAAAUGUACCGCGAGUGCUUGCAAAACAUUGAACUUGCUCGGAGCAAUAACUAUCCGCCGGAUAUGAUGCCAAAGCUGUUGCAACGCAAGGAGCGCUGCAAGCAACUGAUGGAAGCGGACGGUGAAAGCUCAACGGAACACAGCACUUCGAGCCACUGUGCGAUUAAAUCCUGUCUAGAACUCGGAAAGGAUGGAAAAGGAAUUUGUACUAACCGUAGUUUGGACGAGGGAGAAAAGAUAAUCCUGGAAAAACCGUUUGUACUUGUGCUCGAGGCGGAGCUCGCGUAUGAACGGUGUGAUUACUGUGGCGCGUGCAACGAACAUAACCUGAUGCCGUGCACGGGUUGUACUGCCGUGAUGUACUGUAGCGAAGAAUGCCAGGAACAGGCGCUCCAACGCUACCAUCAGUUCGAAUGCGAAAUUGUAGAUGAUCUGCAGCUGCUCUUUCGUGGCCAAAAGCAGACGCGAACGUUUCACGUGAUUUUGCGGUUGUUUUGGCAUGCCGUGCUACUUUUUCUGGAAGACCCGGACGGUUUUCUGAAGCGUAUCGACACACCAACGGAGCUGCAAAAGUAUCAGGAUCCGUUCACGUUGGAACCGUCCGAUUACAUACUGCAUCUGAAUGCUACCUGUCCUGAAAUACCGAUGAAUGAUGAAUCUGCGCGAACGGGAAAGUGUGUAUCGCAAAUUAUGACCAUACUCAUGUGGCUUAUAGCGGUUGAAGAGAAUGCCUCUCUUUGGUCCCGAUUGGAAGGGAAAGUGGGUAAGAAAAAGCUGAUGGAUUUGCUUUACCGGUUAAUUAUGCGUUCAUCGCAGUUGACGGACUACAAGAUGGACAACGCGACAUGUUUCUACCCUUUCACACGCAUGCUGCAGCGUUCCGACACUCCAAACGCGGAACAAUUGAUGACGCAGGAUUUCCAGUCAGUUAUCGUGCUGAAAUGUCCCGUCUCCGAAGGGCAAAAGAUAACCAUCCCCAAGGUAAAAAAAAUCCCUUCGUACUCCUAAAAUAAGCAUCAGACCAGAUAGUAACUAUUGCUAGUUUUGGGCAGAAAGAAUAAGAUCGAUGAAUUUGCCGUGUUGUCAAACAACCUCAUACAUAGAACUAUUUGCAAGUUAGCCUUCGAUAGAACUCAUCAACGGUAUUAUUGCUUCCGUUGAAUUGCAUGAACUGGCUGUAUGAAUUAAACUGUAUUAGCUGAACUGAAUUAAAUAAAAACGCUGUGAACUGUU